GGAGCUCCACCCAAAAGGGGAAGUUCCACUUUAAGGACUGCUCCCCGAAUCCCCAUUAAGGAUUGGCACCUUUUGGGGGUGGGGGUGGGAGAGCGGGUACCCAAAUUUGACAGGUACCCACUCCCACUUCCGGUCCUAGGUGAUUGGAAGCAGAAGGUGUCCUCUCUCCCUCCCUGUAGUCUUUUGGGACAUGUGACCUGUCCCACAAUCCCGUGAUGCUCCCGCCACAGUCCGUAUUCCAGGCGCCAGCAUCUUCAGUGUGGGCACCUGGUUGUGACAGCUUGCAGCUUCACAGCCGGGUACCCACUGCGCAUGCGUAAGUAGCGCUGCGCUUCAUGAAUGGUCCUGUAGUCUUCUGGGACCUGUCACAUGUCCCACAAGACUAAGGGGAGGGAGGGUAGGAGGACAACUUCCACUUCUGAUCGCAGUGGAAGUGGGAGCAGGUACCUGUUAAUUUCGGGUACCUGCUCCCCCUGCUCCCCAAAAGGUGUCAAUCC